AUGGCCGACGAGAAUGGUGCUGCCUGGCCUUUGGCCGACGCUGCUCUUGAGCAAGAGCUUCUCGACCUCGUCCAGUCCUGCCAGCAUGCUCGGCAGCUGAAGAAGGGCGCCAACGAGGCUACCAAGUCCCUCAACCGAGGUGUUUCCGAGCUCAUUGUCCUGGCUCAGGAUACCACCCCUCUUGCCAUUGUCCUCCAUCUUCCCGUCCUUUGCGAGGACAAGAACGUUCCUUACAUCUACGUCUCUUCCAAGGUUUCCCUUGGCCGUGCCUGCGGUGUGAGCCGAGCUGUCAUCGCCGCCUCCAUUACCAGCAACGAAGGAAGCGAGCUUGCGGACAAGAUUAGGAGCAUGCGCGAGAAGGUCGAGAGGGUUGCCCUCUAA